AUGAGAAGGCCAAAUGAAGUUGAGUAUAGCAAAACUGCUUUAAUGGCCAACUGGUAUGAAGAUAGAUUGGCCCCCCAAUAAUUGCAGAGAGAUCCCAAUGCCACCAAAUCAUUACGAGGAGUUGAAGAAGGCAUAUCCAUCCCAGGAGAUAAUGGAUGCUUACUUCCUUUGCCAAGAGUGAAUCGCAAUCCACCAUAUAUUACUAAAGAGAUUAUAGUGCCAGAUGAUGGAUAUAGAGAAUUCAGAACUGAAUUCCAGACAAAGUUUGAUGCCAAAAACAUUCAGAACAUGUAAUUAGGGGAUUGUAGAUCUUUGAUAAAAACCAAUGGCGAUAAAGUUAGCUUCCCAGAAUGCAAUACAACCGUUGCAUAAACUGCAGGAGCUAAAUCAAUCAAAUAAUUGGAUCAAACUAAUAUGCAAUAAAUAUUGGUGGAUCGAGCAGUGCAUCAAAAUUAUACAGACUUUGGUUCCACAUUUCGAAACCAUCCUGAAUAACAUAAUAAAUUCUAUGCCAUUACUACAUACUAAUAAUCCUUUUAACAACCUGAAAACAAUGUGGCAGAGAUUCUGUCGGAUAAAAAGAAGAAGCCAUAGGCAGCUGGGGGUCGAGAGAGAGAUCCCUUUGAUUAAGGCUUGAAGAUGACUUCGGUUAUCACAGGAGAAAAAUACAGAAACUCCAUCGAUCCAAAAGAGAAUACUCAAGUAUAAAGGUAAUGGAUUCAUUGCGGAGAUGCAGGAUUGACAACUGCCUAAAAUAACUUAAGACAGAGCAGUAUGGAUAAUUAUAAAAAAAAUGCUAGUUAAGUUCAUCCAUAUGAUAUCGCUACCAGUUUGCCUUUAGGAGAUGGUGUUUAUACAUUGCAUUCUAAAUACACGGAUCCUGGUCAAUUCAGACACAUUCGAAGCGAUGUCACUAGAAUUAUGAAUAAACCAAUCACACGGAAAUGA